AUGGCUGAAUUCAAGCAUCCAGUGCACACUGGUUUCUCUAAACCUGGCGGCUUUGCCGACCCCCAUCAUCGUCCUUACUGGGCACGCAGUCAAGUCAAAUACGCCCAGGACCUCCUUGACUACUCACCAGACCCUAUAGUAUACGAACACGACGAUCAGGAUUACUGGGAUAACCAUUUCUUCUUCCCAGAAGACUGUUUGUGGUCACCACCUAAGGAUUGGGUCCUGGACGAGGAAGACGACGACGACAACUCGGAAGAAGACAUCGUAGCUGGAGAGUGCUACGACCACGACGAUACCAUGAUCCCCGGUCUACCGGAUAUCAAAAUGCUGGACGCGGAGGCCCUCUCCGACCUGUUAGAGGAUAACCUUUCGCCGCCAGAAAUCACAUCCAUCCUCGUUUUCGCCACCAACGGCGCCAUCUUUGCUUACGCCUCCCCCCUCCCAUCCCGCCAGCUUCGUAACCUGAGCGCUACCUACGGCGCUGCGUACACAUGCUACGCGAAGAACGCCUCCAGUGGGAACCUCACCGGCGUCAACCCUGCCAGCCACCCAUCGUCAUACGUCACAGCACAAUCGGUAUCCCUAGGCGAUGUAGGCUCGAUCGUCUUCGAGCUUGACGACCUCGUCGCCGUUGUGACAAAAAUCGCAGACAAGGUCCUUCUUGCCGCUGUGGGACCAUCGAAGCUCGCCGACGCAGCUCCCGAGAACCAGACUCUCGCAAACUCUAAGCCCGAUUCCCCAAAAUCGGCAGCCUACUCACACACGGAGUCGGCGCAAGGACCAGGCACAGCUUCAGGCACAGGCAACAAUAGCACAAUAUCAACAGCCGCGUCAACACCUCAAACUCAAUCCGCAGCUAGCGCCAAUAUGAAUGGUACAAGCCCUUACACAAAUAAUACCUCCUCAUCCGCGUCCACAGUAACACCAACCGCCGCCCCCGCCGGCGGCUACAUGACAGAGGCGCAACUCGAAUCCCAAUACGAAGUCGACCGAUCCCGCGACCUCGAGCGCCUCGCAAGCCUCAACCUCUCCACCCCCCCAUCCAUUCUCCUGGCUCUAGAAUCCAAGUCAGCAGCGCUAGGCCGGUUUCUGUCGCAGAAGUUGGAGGAUCUGGAGAGUCCUGAGGAUUUCUAA